CACAGGAAACCAUUCAAACCAUUCAAACCAUUGGUGGAGCCUGUACAUGUGGAAAGAGGUACCGCGUCAUCCUCACUGCGACACCCAUUUUGAUGUCUGAGACUGAGAGCUUCCUGCAGCGCCGCUCAGGCCUACCUCUUUUUCUCCUGGCGGGUCGGCUGGCUGCCGCUGAACCGUUGGGCUCUGUUCUCUGCUAGCGACAAACCUGCAACCUGCAGCCUACAGCCGUCCUCUCCGCUCGGUGGAUCUACCAUACGCAUGCCCGUGUAUCCAGAACACACCGGGCAGCGGUCGGCCGGUCUGUGGCUGUUGUAACGCGUGUGUGGGUUAGUUAGAACCAGCGGAGGAGCAGCUAGAACCAGAGGAGCAGCUAGAACCAGAGAACCAGAGGAGGAGGUUCCGUUAGCAGCGGAGGAGAAGCACCUCAGCGCAGCUGGAGGUUCUGAGCCCAUGGUACAAGGCCCCGACUGAACAUACUGGUGGGCAUACAGACUUACUACUGUGGCUAGGUGUGUGCGUGCUGACCUCAUGGUGUAACAGAAGUAAAGAUGAGCAUUAGCAGUGAUGAGGUCAACUUCCUGGUCUACAGAUACCUACAGGAGUCAGGGUUCUCCCACUCAGCGUUUACGUUUGGUAUAGAGAGUCACAUCAGCCAGUCCAACAUCAAUGGUGCUCUGGUUCCCCCUGCUGCCCUCAUCAGCAUCAUCCAGAAGGGCCUGCAGUACGUCGAGGCUGAAGUCAGCAUCAAUGAGGACGGCACAUUAUUUGACGGGCGGCCCAUUGAGUCUCUGUCCCUGAUCGAUGCUGUGAUGCCGGACGUUGUUCAGACGAGGCAGCAGGCCUACCGGGACAAAAUGGCCCAGCAGCAGGCCGCCGCUUCAGCACCGACGUCGGCCACCGGAGGCAGCAUCGCCGGCAACGCCAAGAACGGAGAGAAUACUGCCAACGGGGAGGAGAACGGAGCCCAUGCCUUAGCUAACAACCAUGCAGACUUGAUGGAGGUGGACGGAGAUGUGGAGAUCCCUCAGAACAAGGCCAUGGUCUUGAGGGGGCACGAGUCGGAGGUCUUCAUCUGUGCCUGGAACCCAGUCAGCGAUCUGCUGGCAUCGGGGUCUGGCGAUUCGACGGCUCGUAUCUGGAACCUGAGUGAAAACAGUACAAGCAGCUCCACACAGCUGGUCCUGAGACACUGCAUACGAGAGGGAGGGCAGGACGUCCCCAGCAACAAAGACGUCACCUCGCUGGACUGGAAUAGCGAGGGUACGCUGUUAGCAACAGGCUCCUAUGACGGCUUUGCCAGAAUAUGGACGAAGGAUGGGAACCUGGCCAGUACACUUGGCCAGCACAAAGGUCCCAUCUUUGCCCUAAAGUGGAACAAAAAAGGCAAUUUUAUACUCAGUGCAGGAGUAGACAAGACAACAAUCAUAUGGGAUGCCCAUACAGGAGAAGCCAAACAACAGUUUCCCUUCCAUUCAGCUCCAGCACUAGACGUUGAUUGGCAGAGCAACAACACAUUUGCCUCCUGUAGUACAGACAUGUGCAUCCACGUCUGUAAACUGGGACAGGACAGACCCAUUAAAACAUUCCAGGGACACACAAAUGAAGUAAAUGCAAUCAAGUGGGAUCCCACAGGGAACCUUCUAGCCUCCUGCUCGGACGACAUGACAUUGAAGAUUUGGAGUAUGAAGCAGGACUCGUGUGUCCAUGACCUGCAGGCCCACAGUAAAGAAAUCUACACCAUCAAAUGGAGUCCCACCGGCCCUGGAACCAACAAUCCGAGUGCUAACCUCAUGCUAGCUAGUGCAUCGUUUGACUCUACAGUUCGUCUAUGGGACGUGGAGAGAGGCAUCUGUAUCCAUACGCUGACUAAACACCAGGAGCCAGUCUACAGCGUGGCUUUCAGCCCCGAUGGUCGGCAUCUGGCCAGUGGCUCCUUUGACAAAUGCGUGCACAUCUGGAAUACACAGACGGGCGCUUUAGUCCACAGUUACAGAGGGACGGGAGGAAUCUUUGAGGUUUGCUGGAACGCAGCAGGGGACAAAGUGGGAGCCAGCGCAUCAGACGGAUCUGUGUGUGUACUAGACCUUCGGAAAUAGUGCUGCUGUUUGUUGGAAGCCAUGGACCGACCAUGAAUGUGUACAUAGCCAAAUGACUGUCCCUGCCUGCCCUGCGUACUGCUCUCGCUAACGACUAUGGCCCCGCCCACCGACAGACAGGAAGCAGGAAACGGGAACAGGAAGCAAGCACUCGACACAGCAGGUCCAGACACGGGGAUGAAAAGACAAACGGACGGACGGAUGGAUAAACGGGUGGAUGGAAGCGCCCCUCUCUAUCUGUGCAGACUCUUACAGAGAUGCAGAAGGGACGCAGUGGAAAAAAAGAAAAAACUUGAUAGACAAAAAAAAAAGUUACAGAUCCAUAUAUGUACCAAAAUUUGGAAGCUAUUUUGCUUUUUGAUCUUUAAACCAUGCUCAUCGUCAUCAAAAUGAAAAACAAUGAAAAAAGUGUUGAUCUUUGUUACUAGUUGGAUCUCAUUGUGCAGACAUAUCAACUUCUCCACCAUAAAAAUAGGAUGGCACUUAGUUUUUUUAAAUUUCAGAUCUCUUGUUUCAAUGUUUUUAUAUUUUUUAUCUUCGGGGGAGGGGCGGGCUGGUCAGGUCAGAGUUUCAUUGAUUGGAGAAGAACAUGAAUACAAACAGGCUCGGACAUGCACACCAAGCAGUUCUCAAAAAGUGUCCUCGUCAUGAUUUCAAAACAAUGUGGCAAAUCCCAAGGCUUUUUUUUUUUUUUUUUUCUCUUUCUCUUUCUCUCUCCUGUAUUUCAGUAGUGGUUUCUGCAGUUGUGAGUUGGGUCAUACGGUUAACCUCAGAAUGCAGUGGUUCAUGUGUCGUCUUCUCAAGAGGAUUAACUCCGGACUCCCUUUGUACAUCAACUAGGCCACAGGACACAGCUGAUGUACAUCUAGAUGCUUUAAAAACAGCUCCUCUGUGCACUAUUUGAUCUAGAUGUUUUACCCACAGUUCUCCUCUCUGGACUCUUCGGCCAUAGCAGCUACUUGUUUGAUGGAAGAAUUUUAAUUGGCUAGAAGCUGACCUCCACUUAUCUAAAUGUUCAAGGCUGUUCUGAGUUUUAUUAAUGCAACAGUCAUCAGGUCCCGUCUCAGAUUACAUACUGUCCUCAGCCAGUAGGAUUUUUUGUUUUUUGGAGUUAACGCAUCAUCUGGAAGACUUCAACCAUUUCUUAUUGAUUCACCCUCAAAGGUCUCAAAUCGCCAAACACACUAUGCCCUGCAGUGAGGUGGUGUAAAAGUGAAAUUGUUGCUCCACGUUUAGUUUAAGAAGAUGCUCAGAGGUAGAUGCUCUGGAGGCAGAAAUCUCUGAAUAAAAAAACAACAGAUGGGUAGAGCCAAAGAAAAAACCCAUUGGGUAAAAGAGGUCUUUUACUUUAGAGCUGAGCUCUGUCGCUGCAAUCGCACAAGGAAACGUAAAUGUUUAUUCUGUGUCCACCUGGGAGCCUUCACGCAUUAAUCAAAUAUUCUCAAUGAACUCUUUUUAUUAUGUUGUGUAUUUGUUUGUAAACAAGUGAAACCAAAUACACACAAACAGUUUGUUACUUUUUUAAAAGCUAAAUGGUUACAGUUAGAGUUAAAGUUGAUUAUUUACACGUAGCUGCCAGGAAUGGUGGCUUUGCAGUCACUUUGCGUUUUUACGUUUUUUAACUAAGUUUUCAGAUAUUACUUAUUUGUUAGACUUACAAGCAGGAGGCUUGUCAUUAACGGUUUUGCUCACUUUGCUUAUCACAACACUUGUGCAGUAGUCUGAACGCAGCAUUAAAAGACCGUAAAGAUGUGUCUGAAAUCACGCCCCCGUUCUCUAGUCUAUAUAACACACACUAAGUAGUUGUAUCAUCAGUGACAGGUGUAGUAACUCAUGACUGUUAUUUUAGUACCUGAUAAAUGCAACUAAUUAUGAGAAUUUGCGAGAGCACCAGGAGGAGCGUUCAGAAACUCUGAUAAAAUGGUUAAAAACUACAUUAAGUGCAUUAAUUAGCGCGUGAGCGUGGACAUGGCCUGGCUGUAUUUAAUUAGCUGGCUUAAUCAGAUCCAACUUAAAAAUAAAGUGGUGCAGGAAUUAUCAGGUCAUCAUUUUUGGACUUCUGGUUCCCCUCUGACAAAGUCAGUGAGAUUUUGGGAUGGUCGCCUGAAAUACUGUCAAUGGUUAAACCAAGCUUAAGAGAUUUUGAAUGCCUUGGGUUUACAAACUGCAGCCAGUGUAGUCUAUUUUUUAGAAAAGGGGAUUGCUUACAAGUGGCUGAAUGAGACUACUAGACGUCAUCGCAUUGAAUAUAGUCCGCCUUUUGUGACGUCAUGCAACCGCGACGUGGUUUGUUUAUGGCCUAAUGUUAGCUUUUCACUAACGGCAAUGUCAUCCACACUUUAAAAAAAAAAUGAAAA